AUGGUGACUGAGGAACAUGAUCGUCUACACAAUGUGGAAGUUGAAACACAAUCUAUCCAUGGAGAAAGUCAUGAGGGUUUUAAUGAAGAUGUAGAUUUUUUGAAAGAGAUAGACUUCACCAGGAUCAGUGAUGAUAGCCCUACAAACAUCGAACUCGAUCUUGACGAUGACGAGUAUGGUCCAUUUCUGGGGUUUGAUAGCGACCGUUUUAGAAAGGUCAAUGAAGUUGCUUCUUCAGCAACCAAGACUGGGGAAGACAAUAAUGUUCUCAAUAUUUUUCUCUCCUCUUGCAAGCCUUUAGAGAUUUCUUCAAGUCAAAGACAUGUGAAUUCAAAGAUUCCUCCCUCUAUUUCAGCUAUCUCUACUUUUGCUCCGUUUGUUGUUGAAUCAUCUCAGCUGCAAGCCUCCCAGUCUUCCUUGGAAAGAAGUCAAUCAAAUACGAGUCUGGAGGUGCCCAUUGUCAGCCAUGCACCUCAGGUCAUAUCCACUGUUAUCACUACUACUGUUUUCACUCCACCAAUACAAUCAGAUGAAGGCCCUAGCAUAAUGUUUGAGACAGGUGGUUCAUACUCCAUUCCAGAAUAUUCUCCUACAAGACCCUCACUGGAUGAAGCCUCAAUCAGAUUGGCUAAGCACCUUGAUCAACACAGUCCAACCUCUUCUUCUCGUGGCAAAGGUAUAUCUUUCAGAGAAGAGCAUUCAGGUGAUGACAAGUCUACUGUGUCAGAACUUCAAGAAGAGAUUGGUGUUCUUAGGCAAGAACUUAUUGAAAAGAACAUUCAAUUGGAACAACUCGCUUCUCACUUAGAAGAGCUUAAAGAAAGGGAUGAAGAGAAGUCAAAACAGAUUGAGGAUCCACAGACGAAUCUUGGAUCUGUGACUGCUUUCUACUUUAAUUUGAAGAACGUUCUGUAUGAUGCUUUCGGGGAUAAAUUUAAAGCGUUAUUUCAGCAGCCACAUGGAAUUGAGGAUCCUCCUAUGGCCCCCACACAAUCUACUUCAGGAGACCUUCCAGUUGAUCCACCUCUUCCUAGAACAACUACAAUUGUCGAUAGAUUUGAAAAGGAACCUGAAGCCAGCAGAGCCCGCAUCACAAUCAAACAAGGAAAUAAGACUGAUACAGCUAACGAAAGCGAAGGGUUACUCUUCAUGAAAAAUUCAAACGAGAAUUGCAAAGCCAAAUACCCUGUGCUAACAAUGACUGAUCUCAAAAAGAGAAAAUUUGGUGACGAGUACGGUGACAGAUCUGGAAUCAAAAUGUGGGCGUUCGAUCCCAAGUCAAACAUGUGGAUUUUGAAAAGGAACUCAGGAAUUCCUGAAUAUUACAAAAGCAUGCAUGAUUUUAACUCAUGGAAUAAAGUGGACUUUGUUGAACUUUUGAGAGGUCCAUUCCAUAAUCCCUCUGAAGAUCACAACGCAACAAGUUUCAAAAGCUUUCUUGACAGACAUGUCAAGGAAAACUUUCCAAGAAUGAAGACUGCAAGAGCCUUAUAUAGAAAAGAUAAAGAAAUUUUGGAUCCUCAAUAA